UGGUGGUGGCAGUGGUGGUGAUGGUGGUGGUGGCAGUGUUCUCUUGACCAUCGUGCUGCUGCCAUACUUAACUUUUGCGUGCGUGUGCGUGCGUGCGUGCGUGCGGCGGUGUGCGAGGAAGUGUGUGUGCGUGUGUGUGUGUUCUCUAUAUAAUGUCUCCGGUACCACUCCCACCAAAUAACAUCACAAUGGACGCGGCGGAGAUCGUGUCACUGAUUCGGCAAGGGGACAAGCUGGGGAUCCUGGUAUUCCUCCGUGGGGGUGGCGAUCCCAACCUGAGGAACCACAUGGGAUGGAAUCUCCUCCACCUGGCGUGUCUGGAGGGGCAGACGGAGGUGGUGGAGGUGCUGCUGGACGCUGGAGCUUCAGUCAACUCCUGCACCACGGACAUGUGUACACCCCUCCACAGAGCCUCGGCGCACGGACACAAGACUAUAGUGGAGAUGUUAUUGAAAAAAAACGCCUAUAUCAACGCCCAGGAUAAGGCAGGGAACACUCCACUCCACGAGGCAGCGAGGGGCCUCCACACAGGUGUUGUCAAGCUUCUAAUUGACAAGAAGGCAGAUCAAUAUAAAGCAAAUAAAAAAAAUCAGACAUUUUUGCAGCUGGUGGGCCAGCAAAUGAUGUCAACAGUGGAGGCAGGAGACAGUGAGGAGUUAAUGUUAUGGCUGGACUGGGGUUUGAGUCCUGAUACGAAGGGAAACCUACACUGGAGUAUCCUUCACCACGCCUGCGCCCGCGGACAGAUCAACAUUGUAUCCCUGCUUCUGGAGAGGGGCGCCAGUGUGGGCGUGGUGGACAGCAACCGAACCACACCCCUUCACACCUCUUCCUUCCACGGCCACUCCAGGAUUGUGGAAUUGUUGUUAGAGAAGGAAGCUGAUGUCAACGCCACGGAUCUGCGCGGCAACACACCCCUACACUCAGCCGUUGAAGGAGGCCACCCACAAGUAAUUAAUCAGUUGCUAGGGCGUGGUGCUGAUACUUCCAUCGCCAACAAUGAGGGUCAAGUCUUCACGCAUCUGGUAAAUGAAUUCCUGGUAUCAGCUGUUCAUGCGGGAAACCCCAAUCAAGUGACCAGUUUGCUGAAGGGAACAGCCAAUCCGGAUUCACGAGACGCAUACGGUUUCCCUGUCCUCUGCCAUGCUGCUUUUAAGGGGGAGCUACUAAUUGCAGACGCCUUGUUAGAGAACGGAGCGGACCCUAACCAGCGGGACAACGAGGGCAGAACAGCUAUGCACCACGCCGCCUACUGGGGACACCUAUUUGUCCUCAAGUCGUUGUUAGAUAAGGGGGGCUCCGUCACUGUGGUGGACAAGCAUGGUUCAACACCUCUGCACCAGGCGGCAAGAGAGGGCGUGGAGGACGUAAUGACAGUGCUGGUGGGGCGCAGAGCAAGCCUCGACGCCCAGGACUCCGAGGGGAACACGCCCAUGCAUGUGGCCGCGAGGUGGGGUCAGCGGAAGGCGGUCGAAUUCCUGCAGGAGAAAGGAGCGGACGAUUCAAUAAGGAACAAGAGUGGCCAAUUGUAUUCUGACUUGGCGCUGAUCCGGGCAGUGCGGACCGAAGACAAAGAGCAAGUGGUGGCAGGAUUGACGUGGGGAGGCGAUCCUGGCAGCCGUGACGAGCGUGGCUGGACCCUGUUACACCAUGCCGUCUACAAGGGCGCCCUCGACAUCUGCCAGUUACUAGUGGAGUGUGGAGCGGAAGUUAGUGCGCUGGAUGACCAUGGAAGGACACCUCUUCUUCUGGCUGCUUACAGAGGAAACCAGCAGAUCAUGAGCGUGCUGUUGGAUGCAGGGGCGGACAUCAACGCGCAGGACUGGACGGGGCAGACGCCUCUCCACUGGGCGGCGUUGGAGGGUAGCGUGGACACAGUGCACCUGUUGCUGAGUCGCGGCGCUGACACCUCCCGCAGGAAUAAAGCUGGCCUGCGCUACACCGACUUGCUCCUGAAGCACCUGUAUUUGGCAGUGAGACAUAACGACCAAGAGAAGGUGGUGAGACUCGUUACCGCUGGGGCUGAUCAAUUUGCAGUACUGGCAGGCACAGAUCUGGCCCCGAGAGAUGAGGCAAAGAGACAAAAGAAUUUUCCUGUGCUCAGACAGUUAGUUGCUCUGGCGCCGAGGAAGGGAGAGGAGGACAAAGAGGAAGGGCCUGGUCUAGAGGAUAUUUAUCGUCUGUUUGAUGAUGGAUAUACCUCCUCCUCCUCCUCCUCCUCCUCCUCCUCCGUGUGCUCCGAGGACGACGAGGACGCCUACUGGAAGAUGAGCCGAGCCUACGUGGUGCUGAGCGUCCAGGAGGCCUUCCAGGACGAGGCGGACCAGUGGCUCAGCGAGUUUGAGGACAAGCCGCCGGUCAUCUCUGCGCGCGAGCUGAGCCAGCAGGACCAGGCGGCCUUCUGGCAGACCUGGGAGGACGACGCCCGCGCCGCGCAGGACGCCCAGCCGCCCCAGCCAGUCAUCGCCGCGCGCGACUUCUUCAAGGAGGAGGACAACUGGUGGGAGGAGGACGCCGCGGACCGCCAGGAGGAGGCGCCCGCCACGCACGCCGAGGACGACCAGGUCAUCUCCGCCAAGGAAUUCUUCCGCGAGGACGAGUGUUGGUGGCGCGACGCCCUGCAGGACGCGCCCGCCCCUCACGUGCCGCGCCACGCAGUGCCCGCCAAGGACUUCUUCGCCGACGACACCCCCUGGUGGGAGGAGGACGAGGAGGAGGAGAAGCAGGAGACGCCGCAGAAAGCUAUUCCCGCCAGUGAGUUGUUCAGGGAGGAGCGGCCCUGGUGGGAGGAGGAGGAGGAGAAGGAGGAGGAGGGCAGGAAGGAGGCGCCCCGCGUGGCAGCCAAGGACUUCCUGCGGGACGAGGAGGAGGUGCCGUGGUGGGAGCGUGGCGGCAACCUGGAGGACGCGGCCGCCCCUGUGCUGAGCCACGCCGCCGAGGACGAGGACGCCAGCCUGAGCAUCACCGAGGAGGAGGAGGAGGAGGAGGAGGAGAGCAGCAGGAUGGAGGACUACGAGGACGCGAGCGAGGGCGUGACAAGUGACAGCAGCAGCCUGUACACUGCCAGCGAGGGCGUGUUGCCCCCCGCCACCCACCUCCUGAGGGACGCCGCCCCCUGGUGGGAGGACACCGCCUGCCCUCCGUGGCUGCAGGACCCCAGUGACAGCAGUGAGGCCACCACCUUGGACCAGGACACCAGCCAGGCCACGGCGGAGGGCGAGGAGGAGGAGGAGGAGGAGGAGGAGGAGGAGGAGGAGGAGGAGGAGGAGGAGGCAGAAGUGAAGGAGGAAGGAAGAGAAAGAAACCUUGAUACAGCAAAGGAACAGGAGGAAGAAGAAGAAGAAGAGGAAGAGGAGGAGGAGGAAGUGGAAGAAGAGGAGGAGGAAGGUAAUGAUGGGGAGGAAGAAUUGCAAGAAGUGGAAGAGGAGGAAACGAAAGAAGAGGUGGAGGUGAAGGUGGAGGUGGCGGUGGAACAGAAAGUGGAAGAAGAGGAAGAGGAAGACGACGACGAAGAGGAGGAGGAGGAGGAUGAAAGUGAAGAAGAGGAAGAUGAAGAAGAGAAGGAAGAAGAAGGAGAAGAAGAAGAAAAACAAGUGAUAAGCGCAGAAGGCUCACAACAAGAGGAAGAGAGCAAGACCAGCGCUCUAAUGGAAGAGGAGGAGGAGGAGGAGGAGGAGGAGGAAGGAAGAAACCAGAAAGAGGGUGAAGAAGAGGAGGAACAAGAGGGGGUGAGGAAACCAGAGGAACAGAAAACUGCCAACACAGAGACACAGGAAGAGGAAGAGAAGGAGGAGGAGGAGGAGGAGGAGGAGGAGGAGGAGGAGGAGGAAAGGAGGACGAAUGAGGAAGAAUGUGUAGCCAGCGAGGAUGAAAUCGAGGACAUCCCCGAGGAGGAGGCGCCGCGCCCGCCGCCCACCGUAUGCGUGGAGCUGUGCGAGGAGGCGCCCUUAGUCACCCAGGCCUCCGAAGCGCCCGUGGUGGCAGACGAGGCGCGGGGCACCCAGCUGGCGCCGUGCCCCGCGUCGCGCCUGCACAAGUCAGACUCGCAGACCAGCGGAUACGACUCCAGCACCUCCCUGUCCGAGCCGGGGCCAGGCGAGGACAGCCACCAAGCGGGGCAGGGCCGGGGCGCGGAGGGCGGGGAGGGCGGGGAGGUGGGGGCGGCGAGCGACAGCGGCGAGGAGGAGGGCAGUGUGGGGGGCGAGGGGGCGCGCCCCGUCAACAAGAUGGACGACUGCCUGGCCAGGGUGGACGCCAGCCUCGCCAGGCUCACCGCGCGCCUCACCAGGGACGCCCCGCCCUCCACCACCACCACCACCACCACCACCACGGCGACGGCGACGACGACGACGACGACGAGGCGCAGCGCCUCUCCCUCCCACAGGACCGCGCCGAGCGAGGCGGGCUCGGGAGGAGAGGCGGGCGUGCGCAGCGAGUACGUGGUGAUGAAGGUGCACGUGCGGGUGCCCGAGGACGCCAGCACGCGGCGCGACGAGGCGCCCUGCAGCGGCGGCAGGCUGGCGGGGGCCUUGGCGCAGGGCGGCAGGGAGGGGCUCGCCACGGUCAACCCCCAGGCCAGCCAGGAAGCCCCCGCGCCCCAACAGGAGGUGCGUCCUGCCCCCGAGGCUUGCCCCCCGUCCCCGCCCAGGUCCCCCCAGGCCACAGAGGAGGCACAGGUCCCUGCCGAGGAGCGAGUGCAGGAGGGGCACGCCGGGGAGGACGUGGGCCAGGGCGAGGAGCAGGGCAGGGACGCCCCCGCUCCCGGUGUGUGCGAGGACGUGGGCGGCGGCGUGAAGGAGGCGUGGCUGCGGGCGUCGCCGUCCCCUCAGGCGCGGCGGCGGCGGCUGCGGGGGUGGCGGUGCUCUACCUACGAGCCGCUCAGCCUCACGGAGUACGACCGUCUGGCGUGGGCGUGUGCGCGCCGCCGCCGCUACUCCAGCUGCUCUCCGCCCCCCGCCGCCCACCGCGCCCUCACAGACCCCUCGCCCUCCCCGCCACACACCCCUGCCCCCCACGCCCCGCCGCGUCGCCGCGUACAGGCCGCCGCCCCAGAGGCGCCGCCGCCGCAGCAGCAGCAGCAGCAGCAGCAGCAGCGACCCGACGGGCCAGUCGUCGGCAGCAGCAGCCCUGGAGACACAACGCCCUGUGCACAGCCCCCGCUGCUGCCACAGACUCCACAGCCCCCGCAGGUGUCAGACCCCUCACCUGCCCCGCAGGCCCCGCAGGUGUCAGACCCCUCACCAACCCCGCAGGCUCCGCAGGCCCAGCAGGCGUCACAGCCCUCACCAGCCCCGCAGGUCCCCGCUGCUUGCACUAACCCCGCCACCCCGCCAGUCGCCGCCGCCUCCGCGUCGCCCGCAACUAACGCCACUAACUUGGCUUUGUUGUGUGACGCAGAUGGCCCACCAGAAGCAGCGGCGCCCCCCGUGGUAGCAGCGACGCCCCCCUGCGCGUCGCGGCCCUGCGCCCCCGAGGUAAGCGGCGCCGCGCACGGCGAGACAGUGCUGGCGUGCGCCGUGGUGCUGCUGCAAAAUGUUGCCUUCUUGUACUUCAUUGUGAUUCCCUUCCUCUCCUUUGUGGCCUCGCGCCUCUAGCCUCCUGCCGCUGCGGGGCGGGGCGGGCCGGGGCGGGGCGGGGCGGGCACAGCCGUCACGUCUGCUGUUCUUUGCAGCUGCUGGCGGCGGCGGCGGCCACGCGGCGGGGGCGUCUCACCAAAUCCACGUCUUGCAACCUCACCUGAGGCGGCGGUGGCGGCGGCGGCGGCGCAGGAUGCGGCGAGGGCGGCGCCCCGCUGCCUUAGAGAAGUAGCAUUCCAGCACACCCCCCACACCCCCCACACCCCAGCACACGCCCCACACCCCAGCACACCCCACACACCCCAGCACACCCCACACACCCCAGCACACCCCACACACCCCAGCACACCCCCCACACCCCCGCACACCCCACACACCCACGCGUACAGCUCCAGGCGUCCCGGGCACUGUGGGGCGGAGCCUCUGGACACCCGCUCCGCCCCGCCCCGCCCCGCCCCGCCAGCGUGCCCCUGCCGCAGUAGUACAUCCUCCCCACGCCUUGUCAUUCCCCUCAACACUUUUGUACUGAAGGACUCCACCCCCCCCACCCCCACCCCUCGCCCUGUUGUAGGGGCACUCACACACACACACACACACACACACACACACACACACACAGCCUGUUCAUGUAUACGCACACAGGUCGCCUUAAUGUAUUUAUUUAUGUAUUUAUGUAUGUAUGUAUGUAUGUAUGUAUGUAUGUAUGCACACACACGCACAUGAAGUGUUAUUACAAUGACGCAACAA